UUAAAACUACUAUUAUAUACAUAGAUGAAUAGUGACUAGCAAUGUACCGUUCAUCUUUACCUCAGUAAUACUUGUGAAUUAAAGCUAAUAUAUGAAAGCAAUACAUACAGUCAAUAAGAGAUUGAUCAAUUGCAGUCCUAAACGUUCAUCGGUAGAUUCAAGUAAACAGUAAUACUAAAUGAAUUUAAACUAAAACUACCAUUCAUUUUAAUUUUUUUUUUUUUUUUCAUAUUGUGAAUACAUUUUGACAAGUAAUAAACAUUUGCUAUACAAGUAUUCCUUACUACAUUGUCAUUUUUAACCUAAAACACAAAGAGAGAGAGAGAGAGAAAGAGAAAGAAAUGGAAAUUUCUUAGACGUAUUACUGUAUAACCUUAAUAUUGAUGUGUCUUCCCUACAAAUGAAUCGAUAUUGUACUACACAUGAUUGUUGAAUGUUGUUAUUUUAUUGAAUCUGUAAAGAAACAGAAGAAGAAGAAGAAGAAGAAGAAUGUGCUCUUUCUGAAAUGUCACUUGGAAUAAUGAAGAAUAUGAAUUACUAUCUAAUAACUAGUUUUCUAUUAUUGAAUAAUGGUUUAUCAUUUAAAACAAAUACUAUUGAUAAUGUCAACAAUAUUCAUCUACAAUCAUCAAUAGAAAAUACCAUGAUUAAUAAUAAUAAUAAUAAUAAUAAUAAUAAUUCUAAUCUUGUUCAUACUGAUUUACAUAAUGAUAAAACAAUAACAUGUUUAUCGGAUAAUCCAAUUGUUCAUACAUCUGUUGGAAUCUAUUGUGGAUUACGUGAAAUAGUUCAUUGGCCUAAUGGACCAGCAUCAAUGGUUGAUGUUUAUUAUGGUAUACGUUAUGCUCAAUCACCUACUGGUUCAUUACGUUUUAAAAAACCUGUAGAACCUAUUCCUGAACCAAAGAAAAUUUUUAUGGCUGAUAAAUUACCUUCUACUUGUCCACAACCAAAAGAUACAAUGUUUCAAAAUUCAGCGGCAGCUAGAAUGUGGGUACCAAAUACACCAAUGUCAGAAGAUUGUCUUUUCUUAAAUAUUUGGGUACCUUUAAAAGAAUCGAAUAGUAGCCAUUCGAAUUCAAAAGAAAAACUUGCAGUUAUGUUAUGGAUAUACGGUGGUAGCUUUUAUAUGGGAACAGCAACAUUGAGUGUAUAUGAUGCGAGAUUUUUAGCUGCUAGACAAAAUAUUAUUGUUGCAUCAAUGAAUUAUCGUUUGGGUUCAUUUGGUUUCCUUUAUAUGAAUACAGAAGAAGCACCAGGUAAUAUGGGUCUUUGGGAUCAACGUUUAGCUAUGAAAUGGAUUAAAGAUCAUAUUGAAAAUUUCGGUGGUGAUCCACAUCGUAUCACUCUUUUUGGUGAAUCAGCUGGAGCUGUAAGCGUGAGUACACAUGUCGUCAGUCCAUGGUCUCAUUCAUAUUAUAACAAUGCAAUAAUGCAAUCUGGUUCAAUUUUUAGCAACUGGGGUCUUGCAACUAGUGAAGUAUCACUAAAUCAAACACAAAGGCUUGCAAAAAUUCUUGGCUGUGGAUAUCGAUCAUCAAUGGAUCAAAUUAAAUGUUUACGAUCAAAAUCAAUUAAAGAAAUAUUAGAUGCACAUGAUACAAUGUAUGAUCCAGCUAGUUAUUUCUCUGUACCAUUUCCACCUGUAUUAGAUAAUAAUUUUUUUCCAUAUGAGAAUAGUCAAUCAUUUCGUCAAUUAAAAUAUCUUAAACCAUCCGGUGCUUUAAUGUUUGGUAUUAAUAAAAAUGAAGGUAGUUAUUUUCUGUUAUAUGCAUUUGUAUCUAAUUCAAAAUGGAUGAAAAAUUUAACUGAUUUACCAAUUACAAAUCGUAUGGAUUAUUUAAGAUGUCUUCGACAAGUUCUAGAUCUUGAUGAUGAUGAUCGACCAGAAUUUACAGAACCAUUAAUACGUUAUACAGAUUUUGAAUAUCAAACAUAUCAACAAUUGCCUACCCUUGAAAGUUGGACUGAAAGACUAGAAGAAAUCAGUAGUGAUAGAAGUUUCAAAUGUCCUACGAUCAAUAUGGCAACUGCAGUAACUAAUGAUUAUCGUAUACCAGGUCGACGUCGUGCUCAUACGCUUCCUGUAUAUUUUUAUGAAUUUCAACAUAGAACACUUUCAUUACCAAUGCCUAAAUGGACUGGUACAAUGCAUGGUUAUGAAAUUGAAUAUGUUUUUGGUAUUCCAUUUAGUCCUCAGUUUCAAGCUAGCUUUUAUCGAUUCACUGAUGAAGAACGUCAACUCAGUGAUAUUAUGAUGACGUAUUGGGCUAACUUUGCACGCACAGGGGAUCCUAAUAUUUUACCAGAUGGUCGACACGUGACUGAUAAUGUAAAUCCAGAAGAUCCAGAUGAAAUAACUGGAGGUGAGUUAGAAGAUUCACUGAAUCAUAAACAAGGGCGUAAAAAUCCAUUCAUUGGAUGGCCUGAAUUUCGAAAUAGUACAAAGGCCUACAUCGUUUUUCGUUCAGCUCCGGCAAACCUUCUCGUUAGCACAAGACCACGUCACCGUCAAUGCUUGUUUUGGCGUCGUUGGUAUCCGGCGUUACUACAACAAGUUGAGCGCAAUCGCCAGCAUUGUUUAGGUGUGUAAAAUUCAAUACACUGGUGAAUUACUAACUACAGGUAUCAUCUAAUAUCAACAGAGAUGAAAAUGAAUAACAGUUAACAAGUGUUUCGUAAGAAUAUUAAAUAUAAUAAUUGAUUAGUAUAUCAUAAAUUGAGUGUGUUUUUUGUACUGCUACUGCUCAGG